UUCAAUGCGGAAGCAACGCUGGGUGCAAAGAUGGCCGCUUGGGGUUCAGUUUAGGUUAGGAUAGGGCACCGCAAGUAGAAAUUAUUUAAAAAAAUCGUGUAAUGUGAUAUUAGUUAGUAGUGAUUAUUAAAUUGAAUAAAUAAAAAAGUGCUCGAGUAAAAAAUGAACCAGGAAAUCAACGGCGCGAAAGAAGAAAAAGCGUACUUUCUUUCCGUUCUUUCAACUUUUGAAAGCUAUAGAGAACAGUCGCUGUUGCGGAUCGACCACAAGCAAAAAUGCCUCGCUACGCUCCCUUCAUAUCACAAAAAGUGGCUCUCAAAAUACCAGGAAGAUCUAGAAACUUUCAAGGAAUGCAUUGAAAAAAAUUCUAAAUUUAUCCCCAUCGUACUACAGCAUGCCCACACGAUUUUUGAUAACGUAUACAGCAACGACGGGUCGUCGCAUUCGGAAAUUAAAGUCGGGACGUUGUCAGAGGGGCUGGAUAAGGUCCAGUCAGUGUUCAAGCAGUUGAUGCGGGAUUGGAGCGCCUUAGGGGCCGCCGAGCGAAGCCAGUGCUACCAGCCAAUCAUUGACGAAAUCAUCUGUCAGUUUCCGGAAGAGAAGUUUGAUAGAAGUAACAUUAACGUGUUGGUGCCGGGGGCCGGGCUGGGGCGACUAGCUUUUGAAAUUGCGACGAGGGGUUUUGCCUGUCAGGGCAACGAAUUCAACUUAUUUAUGCUUAUUGUUUCGUAUUAUGUGUUGAACCACUGCAAGAAUGUGGACGAGUAUACAAUUUAUCCGUGGAUACAUCAGUAUUGUAAUAAUUUAACUGCCGAGCACCAAAUGACAAGCGUUAAGUUUCCAGAUGUUAAACCUAUGCCUACUCCUGACAGCAAGUUUUCAAUGACAGCGGGCGAUUUUUUGGAGGUUUAUACAGAUCAUGAUGAGUGGCAUUGUGUUGCCACUUGUUUCUUUAUAGAUUGUGCCCCCAAUGUGGUCCAAUUUAUCGAAACUAUUUAUCAUAUUCUCAAGCCAGGAGGAGUCUGGAUAAAUCUGGGGCCUUUGUUGUACCACUAUUCUGACGUGAAGAAUGAAAAGAGCGUUGAACCAAGCUUCGAAGUUGUCUGUGAGGUGAUUAAAAAUAUAGGAUUUGAAAUGGAGAAGUGUAGAACUGGCCUUAAGACUAAAUAUUGCCAGAAUCCCAAAUCCAUGCUUCAGUAUGAGUAUGAUAGUGUCUACUUUGUUUGUAGAAAGCCCGUCGAAAUUAGUAACGGUAAUGGAGUGCUGGAUGGCAGAGAUGUAUUUUAGAUGAGUUGAGUAAUAUUAAUAUCUACCAGAUACAUCAAUGAUGUUAUUUUGGCAACGUUACGAUGUUUUUAGAGUUUUCAUUAAAUACAUUGUUGUAACAUGAACAUUCGAGAUCUGAGAUAAAAUUUAAAAAUUAUUUUAUCUUGUGAGUUCAGUAAGUACAAACGUAAGAUUGUCUGCAAAUUGUAUUAUUCUUUUCGUUAGUUUAAUUUUUUAUUGAAUUGUAAUUAAGUUAAAGUAUGUGUUAUUUAACAUCUAAUAAAUGUUACUUGACCUCU